GGUACUAACAAAAGCAAACAGCAAAUAAUAGAGCGGAUAUUGAUGAAAGAUGAAGUAGAUGCAGGCGGCAGCAGCAGCAGCAGUAUCAGAUAAGAUACAUUCCACAUGGAGAAAUUUCUUUUUAUUUUUUUAUUUUAUUUAUUUAAAAGUAAUUAAAAUAAAAAUAGAGCAGCAAAAUUCAGGGGGGAUGAACUUAAAGAAAACACGGUCCAGGGUCAUGUGAACCCCAUCAACUUGUUUCAACUGGACCCCACUUCUCUCUCAUCCUCAUAGAGUUGACCCAUUUUUUCCAAAUUUAUUCAUUUUUCUUUUUUUCCCUUCAUUUUUAUUCCAUCAUCUUCUAAAUAUGCGUUUCUAAUUGGGUAGCUUUUUAUUAUUUUUAUUUUUUUUUAAAAAAACGUAGACUUACCAAAAGAAAAAUUUAAAGUCCACCCACCUAUAUAAAUCCACCCUGCCCUAACACGCCUUUCCAGUUCAUUCCCAUACUCUCCCUUUUCCUUUUUUAUUUUCUCCGUUUCUAAUUUCCAAAAAUAUGGAUGGAAUUUGCAUUGACGAAAGCGCUUCCACUGAAUCUCAAUCCCCGGUGGUUAAAUCUCCGCCGCCGGAGACCAGUCUCUGCCGCGUCGGGAGUGGCGUCACCAGUGUAGUUCUGGAUUCCGACUCCAGCGGCGGCGGAGUUGAAGCGGAGUCACGGAAAUUACCGUCGUCUCGUUACAAAGGAGUGGUCCCACAGCCGAACGGCCGAUGGGGGGCACAGAUUUACGAGAAACAUCAAAGAGUAUGGCUGGGGACAUUCAACGAAGAGGAUGAAGCAGCACGUGCCUAUGACGUGGCUGCUCAACGUUUCCGUGGUCGUGACGCCGUUACCAAUUUCAAACCAUUAUCACACGGCGGUGAAGAAGACGACGUCGUAUCCGCUUUCCUCAACUCUCAUUCCAAGGCGGAGAUCGUCGACAUGCUACGUAAGCACACUUACCUAGAUGAACUCCACCAAAGCAAACGAAACGCUGGGUUAUCCGGUUCGGAUCGGAAACGAAACCUUUUGUUAUCCGGGUCGGGUAAUGAACCGGAAGCCGCUCGUGAACUUCUAUUCGAAAAAGCCGUUACCCCAAGCGAUGUGGGGAAAUUGAACCGUUUAGUUAUACCAAAACAACACGCCGAAAAAAAUUUCCCUCUCCAAACCGGUUCGACCGCUUCCUCUAAAGGUCUAUUGCUGAACUUUGAAGACGGAGGAGGUAAAGUUUGGCGGUUCAGGUACUCGUAUUGGAAUAGUAGCCAAAGCUAUGUGCUGACCAAAGGAUGGAGCCGGUUCGUGAAAGAAAAGAAUCUAAAAGCCGGUGACAUUGUUAGCUUCUUGAAAUCGACCGGACAAGAUAAACAGCUUUACAUUGAAUGGAAGGCACGAAAGGCUUCCAUUACAACCGGGUCCGAUAUGAACCCGGUUCAGACCGUUAGACUGUUUGGAGUUGACAUUAUCAAAGUUUCGCCGAAUAGUGUGUGUAAUGAGAAGAGGAGGAUAGAAUUGGAAUUUCUCGCUUUACAAUGUACAAAAAAACAAAGGGUUGUCGGAGCAUUGUAACGUACAUAUUUUCCUUUCCUUUUUUUUUUUUUUUCCUUUUGAAAUUUAUUUUAUUUUAGUUUUUUUUUUUUUGCUCCUGCUAAUUUCUUGGAGGUGUUUUGUUUUGGGAAAUUAAGGAUGAUGAUGAAGAAGAAGGGGGUGGAAAUGAGUUGGUGUAUGAUUCCAAAGAAGUGAGAGAAAAGAAUUGUAUAAAAGAGAAAAUUUGCAGACGAAUUAAAAAGCCUGAAUUUUUAGGUUAAUUAUAUAUACAAAAUUUAACCUACUUGUUUGAU